AUGGAAUACGUCAGUAUUCACCUGUUUCCCGCCAGGGAAGCCUUUAUGAGGUGUAACGUGAAGGUACCCAACGAAGAAGGCCUGGUACCACUUGUCGGGACUUUCACGGACUUGCAAACACACCGGCUGAUACUGAACGUUCCAGCUGUCUCCGACGUCUUCCAGAACGCCCUGAUAUGCCCGGAUAAAGAUGUUCAGGAACAACUUGCACGUUACAAUAAUGCCGGCACUGACCACGUGCUGGACGAUUGGCGCGGCAGAUGGUGUUUGGGAUCCUGGCGAGUCAAUUUCGCUUGUUACGGGCCUCCAGCUGUUGUGGACGCAGUCUUCAGGGUCAUCGAAAGUGAAUUCUACAAAUUUCGUGGUGCAAUCUUGACGCAGUCGAAAUACGUCGCGAAACCAGGACAGAUACUGAACCCUGAUGAGACUGGUGAAGAGCUCCUACCUCAAAAUGGAGCUUUUAGUGUGGCAGGGAUUGCCGCUGUUAACAUGCGUGAGGAUAGUGGUGGACAUGCUGCAUCCUCACUUAUUAGGCCCUACUUAUACGAAUAG